GGGGCGCUGUUGCCGUGGCGGCCUCUUCUGCGGCCGUGAUUUCGCCUCCCGAGAAGCCUUGCGCUCAGCAGAGGAUGCUUUCCAAAUGAUCUUUGGCCUCAAAAAACAAACGGGCAAGGACAUUUUCCUCGCGUUCCACAGACGCCGUUUUCCAAAGGGGCUCGCUGUGGCCUAAUCAGCAACGGGAACCUUCCAAGGUUGGCAAAGAUCUCCAAGCUCAUCCGGUCCAGCUGUCCAGCCAUCAACAUUUCCCCACCAAACAAACCGUGUCCCUUAGCACAACAUCUACACAACGUCUGUCUUACUGCUCCUGCAGCCAAAGGGCUCAGGUGCACGGGUUCCCUCCCGCUUUUCUAAGUGGCACGAAGGAAUUUGAACAUAGGUUUCAAGAUUCAAAACGAAACCAGCAGCUUUGGUCUGUUUCUGGCUCCGUUUUCAUGUCACCUUUGCAGCUCCGUUACCCGCAGGGUUUCACGUGGAUUGCGUGGGGUUGCCAUCAGAUCUUCAACUCAACUCAAACAUCUGAUCGUGUCUCGGACCUCUCUUACCAGAGAGAAAUGCCCCUCCCUUCACAAUCACCCCUUAUUCACAUCAUCGCUUUUUCACACACACACACACACACACAGCCCAAAGCUGUAUACACUGCGCUGUGAACAACCGUUUUCAAGGAUGAAGCACGAGGAGGGUCAAAUUCCAUGAAGCUCUGACAAACACCCUGAGAACGAACACCCUGACAUCUCCCUUCACCGCCAUCGAAGCAGGCCCGUGCAUUAGUUUCACCAAAACAAGGCCAGCUAUCCCACUGGUUUUGUCGCGGAUUUGAUUAGGCUGGAAAAGACCUCAAGGAUCGUCAGCCCUCUGCUGGGGGGGUGGGGGGGGAGGUGCAGAGAAAAGAGCAGAAGCGUCUCCUCCUCACUGCUGCAGAACCGGACCAGGGCGAAGAGCUGCUGUGGUUUAACCCAGCAGGCAGCCCAGCACUGCACAGCUGUUCUCUCACAGCGGAACGGGGCAGAAAAGCCAGAGGAAGGCAAAACUCACGUGUUGAGAUCAAGACAGUUUAAUAGGACAGAAAAGGCAGGGAAAACAAUAAAGGAAACGGAAAAAGGACUCAUCUCUGGGUCUGUCAGCAGCCACUUCUGGCUUGUUAUUCCCUCCUUUCUGCAAGUGCAGAAGUGCUGCGGAUCCGUGCUGAGGUCACAAUCGUUGCUGGGGUGGGAGGGUUUGGCCCUCAGCUGGGGAGCAGAGCUGGUGCUCUGGUGAGCGUGCUGCACGCAGAGACUGAGCUCUGAGCGUUCCUUGCAAGGGAUCAUCCUUUGAGAGCCCGUCAGAAGCACCGCUGUGGCGUGUGUGUGACCUGGGCACAGCCUGGAGUGAGCGGGCCAAAGAGGGCUCCUGUCCGAGAGGACACUUUGCGGAUCCAAGCAGUGCAAGAGUGCAGCCGUCUCUUUCCAAGAGCGGGGAAUUCCUUUGGAGAGAAGCCCAACUUGCUCUAAGAAUUUCCCCAUGAGUCGGCAAGGAGACGACUGCUACUUCUACUUCUACUCAACCUGCACUAAGGGAGACAGCUGUCCCUUCCGCCACUGUGCAGCGGCUCUGGGAGGUGAACGAGUCUGCCGACUGUGGAUGGCGGGUUGCUGUUUCAGCAGCAACUGCAAGUUCAGGCACAUGAGAAUUGAUAAGAGGCGCAGUGAGAUUCCGUGCUAUUGGGAGAAUCAACCAGGAGGCUGCCAGAAAGCCCACUGCGCUUUUCUUCACCUGAAGGAACGCGGUGGGAACGGACUGGCCGUACCACCAAGCCAAAAAGCUGACGCGAGUGGCCUUCCUCCAAAGAGCGGCCUUGCAGAAAGUCUGGGGAACCAGACAGAGCUUGAGAAAGCACCAAGGAGAGGUGGACGCAAGGUGGCCGUGAGGCGUAUUGAUUGGAAAACCACCUUCCCCCCAAUGCAGAGACGCAAAAGAAAAGCAGCAAGGAUGCAUCCAUCUGCUGCUGAGGGCACGGAUGAGCCCCCAGAGAGGAAACUACCCAUGGCGAUUCUUGCUUCAGCCCCGCCCGAAUACACCUUGGUCAGCGCUGAGGUCACAAAACUUCCAAGCAGCCUGGAACUGCUGCUUCCAGGAAGGCAGGCAGACUCCGUGGCACAGCCGGAGGUCUCGAGCUCACCAUCCCAGUACUCGCAAGCAGCAGAUGAGACGCAGCAGCUGAGCUGCACAGAGGCGGGGAAAGCACUCGUCUCUGAAGACGACGACGACGACGAAGACCUUGAGAAGCUACUGAUGGAAAUGACAGGAGAAGAACUGGAAGGAGAAAGUGAUGUGGAUGCUGAGAAGGAUGUGGAUGAGCUCCUUCUGGAACUGUCUGACAUCACUGACAGUGUAACACCGUAGUCUGUAUAUUUUAGAGCAAACAACAACGACCACCAAUUAAAACCAACCCUGUUCCUUUUCUUUCU